AUGACACCGAAGGCAGCGACCCUGACCGAUGAUCAGGCGAACUUCCUGCCCCUGGUGAACGUGCACUUCCACCUGGGCGCAGAGCACAAGACUGAGGCCUACAGUGACGACACGGACUCGAUUGCCUACGAUGCGGCCUCGUCGGGCCGACGACUUGCCGAAAACCCUCGGCCUGGCUUCAUGUGCAGCAAGAGCUCUCUGAACACCAAUCAGCUGGCCCCCUACAACUUCACGUACUGCAAGGGCGACGUGCAAGUCGGCAAGUCCUACGAGAUCCACUACGUGCACUCGUCUGCGGGCAUGGACAACAACGCCACGGAUGACGUCAACGCGGACUUGCUGGCAGAUGGCCUGGGAGGUGCUGCCAACGGCCGCGGCCUCCUCAACCCCAUGAUCGUAGUGCAAGGGCAGAUCUUCCAGAUCGUGAAUGGUGCCGCAACAGUCGAUGACAUGCUGCAUGGCUGGACUGUGGUUGGCCACGACAACUCUGUCAUGUACCCCGGGAGCACUACCGGUCAGAGCCACGACAACGAGGUGUGCUCUCCGUACUCCAUCACCUGGCAUGUGGACAAGGAUUGCCAUCAGGUCUCGCCGGAGUCCUUUGACAAUCUGUGCAAGCAGAUGAGUGAGACUUAUGGGAUGUACGCUGACCUUUACCCGCACGGCUCUCGCAAGCUGGUCGCCUCCCAGUACGUGGUGAAGUCCGAGUUCGUCAAACCCUUGGCGUAG